UCUAUCGUUUUUGACAUUAUGGCAGUUCUCGAACUGUAUAUUCCUGUACGGUAGUUCAACUGGUCCAUUUGUGUGCAAAGUUGUGGGUGAUCAAGUGUUCUUAGCCAACUUACCGUGGGCAAAAGUACAAGACAGCGAUAAAGCAGCGGCAGAGGAAUACAUGAAACGAUACGACAAUUGCAUGAAUGUGGUCCAUCAAAUGACGCCAGAUUGCUUGAAACCACCCGAGUUCUGUUCACCAUCUGUCGACAAAAUGUUCAACUUUGCCGGUUGUGUCGUCCUCGGUAACAAAGUGUUCUCGGACAUGAAGUACCUUCACGAUCUAACGCCUGAUCAACAGACUCAACUGAAUGGUUUCAUCGAAAAGCAAAAAGAAUAUGAUGCUGCUCAGACGAAAUUCCAAACCGAUAACGCAAAUAAUCCUGAA